AUGAAGACCUUUGCUGUGUUGGCGCUGAGCGUCCUCGUCUCUCCUUCAGCGUGGGCUAGACCCACAAAUGAGGCAGAGAUGUGUUUGAUUGAAACCGGGCCUAGCCAGUCGCGGUGGGUUACAGAGGCAAAGAAGAUGGAAAUGAUAAAGGAAAACAUCAAUUUUAUGGAUAUUACCGACUUGCCCGCUUCCUUAAGGUCCCAGCCUGUAGAGCAAAUGACUGUACAGUUUCCAACGCAGUUGAUGUUUACCAGCGAGGGAAUGCCCCUAGCCAACAAAAUAUCCCAAGCAGUCAUGCGAAAGGACCUUGAGAAACUGACUAGCUUCCACAAUCGAUAUUACAGGUCACAAACUGGGCUUCAGUCCGCAAACUGGGUGUUUGAUCAUGUUCAUGGGAUCAUCAAGUCGGCAGGGGCUUCAAAGGUCAGAGUGGAAAAAUUUAGACAUCCUAAGUGGUUGCAGCCCAGUGUCAUUAUCACUGUUCCUGGCAAGAGCAAUAGCACCAUCAUUCUUGGUGCUCAUAUGGAUAGCAUUAGCGGAACUUCCGUCGAGGACGCCAUGACGAGCCGUGCACCAGGAGCCGAUGAUAAUGGAACUGGUACUGUUAUUGUCAUGGAUGUUCUUCGCGCUAUGCUCUCUUCCCAAAAGGUUCUCAGAGGAGAGGCAGAGAACACCAUUGAACUUCACUUGUACGCUGCUGAAGAGGCUGGGAACCUUGGAUCCCUGGAAAUCUUUAAAAAAUACAAGGCUGAAGGCAGGGACGUAAAGGCCAUGAUGAACAAGGAUAUGGCUGGUUUCACCAACGGCUGGAAGAAGGCUGGAAAGCCUGUCGCUUUUGGCGUGAUUACGGACUUCACCAAUGACGCACUGAACGACUUCGUCCGACUUGUCAUCAAAGGCUACACCAGGGUCCCUUACGUUGACGGUAAAUGUGGAUACGGUUGCUCAGAUCACGCUGCUGCCCACAGGUUUGGGUACCCAUCUGCGCACAUACACGAGUCGACCUCUCAAUACAACAACAAGGACCUUCACACUAUUAAUGAUGUGAUUGAACUUGUUGAUUUUGGCCACUGCGCUAACCACGCAAAGUUGGCAAUUGGCUUUCUCUAUGAACUUGCAAUGAACAAAUUCUAA